GAAUUAUUGCAGAAAGAAUGUCUGUCGACCCGAGCAAGGAGAAGUCCUUGUCUGAUUACAGGAAGAAACUGCUGGAACACAAGGAGGUGGAUGCACGACUAAAAGAUCUUCGAGGACAAUUAAAAGAUCUCCAGAAACAGUUUGAUAAGAGUGAGAAUGAUUUAAAGGCUCUACAGAGUGUUGGUCAGAUUGUUGGUGAGGUACUCCGUCAACUUACAGAGGAGAAGUUCAUCGUUAAGGCUACGAAUGGACCGAGGUAUGUAGUUGGAUGUAGAAGACAGCUGGAGAAAUCUAAACUAAAACCUGGAACAAGAGUUGCUCUGGAUAUGACCACACUCACCAUCAUGAGAUAUCUUCCCAGAGAGGUUGAUCCUCUAGUGUACAACAUGUCUCACGAGGAUCCAGGAGAUAUCUCAUAUUCAGAGAUUGGAGGACUCGGAGAGCAGAUCAGAGAACUCAGGUUUGUUGUCCCCCCCCCUCUUUUUUUUGAAAAUCAAUUUUUUCCGCCAUUUUGGUAUGGAUGUUUACUGUAUGGACCCCCUGGAACCGGUAAAACAUUGCUAGCUAGAGCUGUUGCCAGUCAACUGGACGCAAACUUCCUUAAGGUUGUUUCCAGCGCCAUUGUUGAUAAAUACAUCGGGGAAUCCGCUCGUCUUAUCAGAGAGAUGUUCAACUAUGCCCGAGAUCAUCAACCUUGUAUUAUAUUCAUGGAUGAAAUUGACGCUAUCGGCGGCCGCAGGUAAUAUCGAAAUAUUUUGGUAUCCCAAGAAGUUCUGGAUACAGGGUUAUCCACAAAGAAUGAGGUUGUUGAGUAAAAUGUGCGUGUAUAGGUUAAGAUGAUCAUGGCAACAAAUCGUCCAGAUACCCUAGACCCUGCUCUUCUCCGUCCUGGUAGAUUAGACAGGAAGAUUGAGAUCCCUCUACCUAACGAGCAGGCUAGGAUGGAGAUUCUGAAGAUUCACGCUGGACCUAUCACUAAACACGGAGAAAUCGAUUACGAAGCUGUCGUUAAGCUUAGUGAUGGAUUCAAUGGAGCUGAUCUCAGGAAUGUGUGUACAGAAGCUGGUCUUUUCGCCAUCAGGGCUGAGCGUGAGUGGGUGAUAGACGAAGACUUCAUGAAGGCUGUCAGGAAGGUUGGAGAGAACAAGAAGCUCGAGACUAAACUAGAUUAUAAACCUGUAUAAUAAACAUUUUAUAUCCCGGCCCAAACUGGUUUAUAUUCCUAUAACACAGCCAGUCGGAAAAUCGGACAAUUAUGGAAUAAUUUUAGUAUGUGUCUCGACGGUAAAAUUGUACUGUCGGAAAUCCUUAAAUAUAUACCGUGUACAAUGUACAAGGCUCCCUUUUAAUUCUUGUUAAGUAUGUUUCUACUAAAAAAUUAUUUUGUGGAUCAA